AUGUUGAUACGAUCAACGUUUCUUCUUUUGGUAUUAAUAACAACAAUUUCAACGAAUUCAUUCAUUGAAAAUUGGAAGAAUAAAUUGAAAAAAUUAAAAACAGAAACAAAAGAUAAAGUUACUGGAAAAAUACAAGAAAAAUCUCAAUGUCCAAUAGCUUGGCAAUAUUUUGCAGCAUCUUGUUAUUGGAAAUUUCCUAUAAAACGUUCAUGGUCUGAAGCACGAAAAGAAUGUGCUAGAUUUCGAGCUGAUCUUGUUGUUAUUGAUAGUGAUAAUGAAUUUGAUUAUAUUGCAAAAAAUGUUACUGAUUUAAGAGAAGAUUUCUAUGUUGGAUUUCAUUAUUUUAAUGAAUCUUGGUCAUGGAUAAAUGGUCGAGCUUUAUCAGAAUAUACAUAUUAUACAGAAGAAGAUUUAUGUGAAGAUCGUUUACCAGUUGAACCACGUCAUCGUUCAUGUGGAAUUCUUGAUCGAGCUCGUCGAGGACGAUUAUGUAUGAAUGUUGAUGUAUGUGAUAGAAAAUUAAAUUUUAUUUGUGAAAAAGUUGUUGAUCGAUGUAGUUCAUUAAAUGAUAUAUGUGGUAAACAUGGUCGAUGUGUGAAUACAGAUGAUGGACAAUUUCGUUGUGAAUGUCAUUUUCUUUUUAGUGGAAAUCGAUGUCGAUCAAUGAGUCAAGAAGGUAGUCAAGUUAUUAUGGCUGCAAUAUUUGUUAUUACUGCAUGUAUUGCACCAAUAUUUUUUCGAUCAAUAUAUAGAAUGUUAAAAAGAAGAUUAGAUCGAACUUCACCAACCUAUGGCAAACUUCAUUGUAUAAAUAACAGUGACUAUGGACUCCCGAAACAUAAAAUUGAUCAUCAGAAGAAACAAGAAAAGAAUCUUGAUAAUUUCUUCAAAUUAAUUUCGAAUAUUCCAUAUUCAAAUAUAUGUAAUUCUUCAACAUUUAUAAUUAUAUUCAGUACAUUUUUAAUAACAACAUUUUGUUUAUCAACAAUUCCAUUUGUUGAAUAUCGUCUUUCACUUUCAUCGAUAUCAAAUAAUAGCAAUAUAACAUUAACACAAAAAUUAAAUUCAACAUUUCAUCGUUUAUAUCAAUGUCGACAAUUUGAUAAUUAUGUUUGGCAAAAUUUUGUUUCAUUACCAUUAGCAAUUCUUGUUACAUUAAUAUGUUCAUGUUUAAAAAAACGUGACACUUUUUGUUUACAAUUUUGUCAUGGACGACCAUCAUUACCAAUGCCAUUUAAUUUAUUUGAUAAACGACAACGUCAUGUUGUUGCAGCUAUAUUUGGAAUAUCAGCAAAUGAAGUAUUAAAAAUUCUUGAAGAACUUCUAGUUCGUCUUAAUACAAAACAUAUUGCAAAUGAUGAAGGAAUUAUUAUUGAAUUAUUGAAAAGAAUUGGAAUUGUAUUAUUAAUUGGAAUGAGAUAUUUUCCAUUAUUAGUUAGUGUGAAUAUUCCGCAUCCAAUUGCUUAUGGUCUUGGAUUGAUAUACACAUUUAUUGAUGGUACAUAUACAUUAAUAUAUACAAGUUAUUGUUCUCGUUUUUCAUUAUUUCGUUUUGGUCGAACAUUACUUUUACAAACAACAUCAAAUGAAUUAACACAAUCAGAUUUAUUCUAUGUUAUAUUCAGAAAUUUACCACAUUUUACUUUAAUGUCAUUUGUAUUUGUUAAAUUUUUAUAUUUAUUAACUCAACAAUUAAAAUGUCAAUGUUGUCAACAAUCAACAAUGAUUUCAAAUCAUAAUAAAAAUGAAAAAAAUCAUCAAGUAUCACUUGUUUCAUCAACACUUUCAAUAGAUUUAUUAAAACCUGAUUAUCAAACUAAACCAGACUUUUAUUAUACUGAAGGUUUAUUAAAAAGUAAAGAUCCAUCAGAUAUGUAUUACAAUAAUGUUUUAACUCGUCCAUUUGCUAAAAUCUAUCGUUGGCAUCGUUAUUUUACAUUUUCUACACAAAUUCUUUGCACAUAUACUGUUGUGCUAAUUGUUAUUUAUAAUUUAACAUGUUUAUUAACAUUCUAUGGUAUAAAUUCAGUUAAAAGUCAACUUGAUCGUAUACAUAUACUUGUCUUACAUCAAUUAAAUUGGGAUAUUGAUUGGGGUACAUCAUUUGUUAAUGAUCUGUUUUUUUGUUCAUUUCUUUCUGUUAUUAUUUAUUGCUCACAAAUAUUCAAUGGUUUAAUUAAAAUUCAACAACAUAUGAUAUCUGCCUAUGCUGGAAAAUAUAUUGAUAUACCACCACGUCAUAAUUUUUCAAAUAAUGAAUUAAUGUCAAAAUGUUUACAUUUUUCAGGUUAUCUAUGUGGUUAUACAGCAUGGGGUUUUAUAAUAUUUUAUAAAAUUUCAUUUAUUAUUUGUCUUUUACUUCGUUUAUGGAUACGAUAUGAUUCAAGAUGGUUUCAACAUAUAUUAGCAUUAUGUUUACCAAUAGUAUUAAUUUAUUUAUUAAAACAUAUUCUUAUAUCAUUAUUAUCUGAAUUUGUGUUUUUACAAAAUUUUGGUCGAACACCAUCAUUAAAUAAUCGACGAAUUUUCUUUAUAUUUAAUUAUUUUAAUUUUUUUUUCGAUUGUUUCCUUGGUAUUUUAUCAUGUUUAAUAAGAGUAUCAAAAGCUAUUUUAGCAUCAUUUUUAUUUAUGGGAAGAUUAGAUUAUUCAUUUAUGGGAAGAAAUUUAGAAAGAUUAGAUCAAGGUUAUGCAACAUAUGUUACAUUUAUUCAUAUGGAAAUUAUUCAUGGACAUCCUAUCUUAGUAACAUUUUGCGAUAUCAUUUGGCAUGAUAUUGAACGUAAACGUCGUACCACUCAAUAUACAAAAGGAAAUAAAUUAAUAUAUGAUAGUAUUAUGCAUACAAAAGCUCGUUUAGCUCGAUUUAAAUGGCAUCUUUUUUAUACAUUAAUACGUAAUGAAUAUUUAAAAUUUUUACGUAAACAUGCAUUAUCAAGUACAAAAAAUGGUACAAAUUUUAUGUCUUCUACUACAACUGCAGCUGUUGUUUUAACAACAAAUACUAUUGAUGAAAAACAAACUUAUAAUGAACAACAACAACAUUCAUCAAUUUUAUUAUAUGAUUGUCCAAUAAUGAAACAACCUCCAAUACCACCAAAACGAUCCGGUUAUCGAUAUAAUUUUGAUUAUGAACAAACAAGUGAUCUUCGUUUAAUCUAUCAACAAUUAAAAUGUUUAACAAAUAAUGUUGCUCAAUUGAAAAAUAAUAAUAAUAAUCGACAAGGAGAAGAAAAUGAAGAUAUUUAUUUAUCACCAAAUCGGCCAUCAACAAAAAAACAAUCACAAGUAACAUGUACAUUUCCUGAUGAAUAUUCUUCAAAUUCAAAAUUUCAUAAUAUGCCGACAAUACAACGUCGAUAG